CCUUCCGAUCCCCUUCUCCUUGCUAUAAAUACUACCCCGCCGCCCCCCUCUCUCUCUUCGUUUCCUCCACAUCGAAGAAAGAGGAAAGGUUAAAUCUGAGGAGCUCUCUGCGGCGAAGCAACCCAAUCGCGGAAGUUGGCAUCUCCAGACUGUUCUGUUACAAGCACAUAGCCAAAGUGGAAGCCGUGAACAUUGAAGUUUCUUUUAUGUCUGAGCAAGCCUCUCUUUACUUUGGAUCAAUUGGAUUGCUUGGAGAGUAUUCUCCUACAUCAAGAAAAAGGUUCCGACUCUCCUACGAGAGUCUCUUUGGCUGCAUGCAUCACGAGUCCAUUUGGCAUUCCUGCAAAAGUUUGGUAGUUGCUACUGUAAUCAACAUCUCACAGCUGCGUGGCCUCCUCGAAUGAAACAGCACUGCUAACUUUUGCUGCCUAUAUAGUGUCAAGUUUCUCAUUCUCUAAGAAGGAAGCAAAUAUGGCUUUGCAAAAUAUUGGUGCUUCGAACAGCGAUGAUGCCUUUUAUAGGUACAAGAUGCCCAAGAUGGUAACGAAGAUUGAAGGCCGAGGAAACGGUAUCAAGACCAACAUUGUGAACAUGGUGGACAUUGCAAAAGCACUAGCCAGGCCAGCCUCUUACACCACCAAGUACUUUGGCUGUGAGCUUGGUGCGCAGUCGAAGUUCGAUGAGAAGAAUGGCACUUCCCUAGUGAAUGGAGCCCAUGACACUGCCAAGCUGGCUGGCCUUCUCGAGAACUUCAUCAAGAAGUACGUGCAGUGCUACGGAUGUGGCAACCCUGAGACUGAAAUUGUGAUCACUAAGACUCAGAUGAUUACCCUGAAAUGUGCUGCCUGUGGGUAUGUGUCUGAUGUUGAUAUGAGGGAUAAGCUCACAACCUUCAUUCUUAAGAACCCACCUGAGCAAAAGAAGGGAGGAAAAGAUAAUAAGAAGGCAAUGAGGAGGGCUGAGAAGGAACGGCUCAAGGAAGGGGAGGCUGCUGAUGAGGAGCAGAAGAAGCUGAAAAAGGAUGUGAAGAAGAAAGGUGGUGCUUCUUCCAAGGAAGCCUCUGGUGCAAAAGCUGGUGUUUCGAAGAAGAAAGCUAAUGGUGGUGGUUCUGAUGAGGAUCGUUCGGCUUCGCCUGUUGAGAGUCAAGAUGGUGAUAAUGCUGCUGGUGAUAAUGAUGACCAUGAUGAUGAUGAUGUCCAGUGGCAAACCGACACCUCACUGGAGGCAGCAAAGCAGCGGAUUCAAGAACAGCUUAAUGCUGUGACUUCGGAGAUGGUGAUGCUCUCCGCCACUGAGCCUGAGCAGGAUAACAAAAAGCAAGAGAAGGCAAAGAAAGAGGGGCUCACUAAUGGAAAGAUCAAAGAUGAAGAAAAAUCUUGUGCUACCCAAAAUGGUGACAAAGCCAAUAUCAGUGCUUAUGAUUCACUGCUUCGGGAGAUCAAGGAUCAUAUAAACAAGGGUUCUACCCCAAACCAGCUUCAGAGUUUUCUGGGUACAGCAGGUCAGCCUUCUCGGGACGUAAUGACAGCCCUUUUUGAGGCUCUUUUUGGAGGUGUUGGCAAAGGAUUUGCAAAGGAGGUGGGCAAGAAAAGGAAGUACAUUGCUGCUUUUGUGCAGGAUGAGGCAUCUCAGCUGCUUUUGCUCCAAGCUAUCGAAGUAUUUUGUGGCAAGUGCCGCGCAGAAGCCCUGAAGGAGGUGGCACUCGUUCUCAAAGCACUUUAUGAUGCGGAUGUUCUGGAGGAAGAAAGCAUAGCACAGUGGUAUGAGGAAGGGACAGCUGGCGGCAAGAGCUCUCAGGUGCUGAAGAAUGUGAAGCCCUUUGUUGAGUGGCUACAGACGGCAGAGUCUGAGGAGGAAGAGUGAUAUGAUUGCAUAUAUUUGUCAACUUCUACUACUACUAUUCCUAUUAAUACUACUGCUAUGUCUUGCUCUUGGGAGUGUAUUAAGUCUUUUACUACUGUUACUAUGUCUCUAUGUCUUGCUCUGGGCAGUGUAUUAGGUUAUAGUGUCCUGCUAUGUUAGCAGUCUACAAGCUUUAGUUGUGUUCUGUUUCGAUCUUGCGCUGUUGAGUCGGUUGUUUUCUUUUUGGUGUUGGUGUUUGUUGAAUGCUGCUAUAAGGACUCCAGUUUGAAUAAACUCUAUACUUUAUGGCGUCUUAUUUUGUGAUGGCUGCUGCAAAUUGAACUGGGGGUGCUCCUCUGUACUGGGUAGUGUAAUUUUGGCCCUGUAGCUUCUAUAGUUCUACCUUUUGGGACCAGCUUUUAUGUUGUGUCUUUUGUA